AUGGAAAGCAUUGAAAGGGAAUUCAUCAUUAAGAUUAAUAACCAAUCCGUUGCUUUGCCCGAAAACAACGAUGAACCUCGCGUCCACGCGUCGCUCGGCCCAACUUCCCCUGCGGUCUUCACACUGGUAGAGGGUUAUUUGAAAUCCAGUGGUUGGAUCUUGGGGAGAGCCUUGGUUGAGGAUCGAAGUCUGCUCCCGAAAAAGGUUUUUUGGUUCGAUGAGCAGCAUUCGGAUCUGGGCUUGAUCCAGAAGACUCGAGCUGUUCCUGAUGGGGAGUCGUAUGUGUUGGAGUUUGCUGGUGCACCGUUGAUUGCUCCUGAUGGACUUUUGCUUGCGGAUCUGAUGAGAGUUUUAUAA